ACGUGUAAUGUUCUAAAUAACCUCUGGUUCUCAAAACCUAAGAGGGUUUCUCUGAACUUUGUUAAUAGUACAAGGGUAAAUAACGAAAAUCACCAGAUUUCAAAUCUUGGCAAGCAAGAAUUCCAACGGCUACUUCGCCACUACCUUUCCAUGUUCCGACCGAAUCUCCAAAAAGGCAAAAACACCUUUUGACAGCCUAGCUCCCACAGCCCCCUCAUCUUUUAGUUUAUUACUUUUAUGGCCAUACUUCAAUACACCCUUUUCACUUCAGUAUAAAACUUCCACUCCAUUCAACAACACAAGCCACUAUCACCAUAUUCAUUCUCGAACCCAUUAUUUUUUUAUGAUAAAAUGGGUAAGAAAAGAUCACUCAUGCUCCAAAAAGCUUCAAAUCUCAUCAAAAUCUCCAUUUUCAUAGCUAAAAUGAGGUUGAUUCAUCUUAAAAAAUCAACCAAGUUCACUUACUUGAAGCAUUUAAACCGAUACAACAGUUAUGGGUUCCUUCAAGAACGUCAAUUCUCUCCUUCGAGCACUCCGCUCAUCAGUUUUCAUCGCAGGAAAGCGAACGGAAGCUCGUUUUAUUCCAUUUGCUUUCUUUCUUGUUUCAAUGGGCCGCGUCAUGGGGUGGCGUUGGACGAGAAUUAUUCGAUCGAAACCGCUAUUGUUGAAGUGGAAAGAGAUGGUUUAGAGUUAUCAUAUGGUGUUGAUGAAGAGGAAGAAGAUUCAGUGGAUGAAAGGGCUGAGAAAUUUAUUGAAAGGUUUUAUGAAGAGAUGAAAAGACAAAGGAGGGAAUCAUUAUCUUCGGCACCUAAUUUGCCUUUCAACAAGAUGCUAAAAUAUUGAUGAGUUUGGAUGAAAUAUUAUUAUUAUUCUUUGUAUUUUUCUUUAUACUUUCAAGGUGAAUUUUGGAGAUUGAGAAAGAAUGUCGGGGGUCGGGGUUUUUGAUUGA